UAAGGACUCUGAUAUUAGAAGGCGUGGCAUCAGUGUGAAUGUGAAAUUGCCGGUUGCCGGUGUGUGUUCGUUUUUCGUUUUUCGAUUCAUAGCGUCUGAUAGCGUCUAUACUAACUUGAACUAGUUUGAUUUUGCUGAGAGUGUCAGAAUUAGAAUCGUUGAUUUGGAUUAUAUUUUGUGGUUUGUUACUUACUAUUAGUGUGUGUUCAUUGCAUCGUGGCCAGCCAGGCCAGCCUUGAUAGAUAGAAGUUAUUCCUAGUUGUUAUAACUGCAUGUUCUUCUCUCAAACGUUUUCCUUUAUUGUGGUUUGGGAGGAGAAAACCUAUAUAAUAACUUUGAGCAUUCACACUAGGUUAUAAUCAAGGAUAAUAAGCAAUAACUACCUAGGUUAUUAGAUAAUUCCAUUGUCAUGCCUAGAUACCAGGCUAUUGAAGAUUUGAGUUCACGAAAGAGGAGAAUAAUGUAGUCAGUUAUAUUGCAUUCUUUCGAUAGGUCAGGCUCAAAUGGAGCUUUUCCAUUGCCUAAUAAUAUAAUAUCACAAAACUCUGCAAUGAUUUCAGAUUCGGUAGUAACAGAGGUUACUUUCAAUAGUGGUUUUAUUGCAGAUGUUUCUGAUCUCGUUUCUAAUUCAUUUCCUGAUAAUGAUGGUUCUAUCGAUAUUACAAGUCAGUUCAUGAGCGAACCAAAUAUAAGAGAGAACAUCAUUUCGAAGGAAAAAGUUCAAAUAUGUUCUAAUGAUGAUCCUGAUAGUUAUUUCACAGAAGACAAAACUACUCUCGCAAAUGACUUGCGUCAAUGGUUCUUGGAGGAAAAUAUAUGUCAUUCUGCAGGCAAUAAAAUAUUGAAGAUUCUGAACAAACAUAUGAAUAAAAAUGAAAGUUUGCCAAAUGGCACUCGUACACUAUUGGGUACAACAUGCAAUAUUACUUCAUAUGAUGUUUCUCCUGGUAAUUAUGUAUAUUUUGGAUUGAAACUUGGCAUAGAACGUAAUUUACAUACCUACUUCCUCAAUCACAUUCAGUUACCGAAUAAAAUAUAUUCAAAUUUCAAUAUCGAUGGUCUUCCCAUUUCAAAAAGUAGUCUCAGUCAGUUUUGGCCUAUUCUUGCUUCAAUUUCUCAGGUAGAUUUUUACACAGAACCGUUUGUUGUGGGUAUUUAUCAUGGGGUCACUAAACCAACUUCAAAUAAUGAAUUUUUGAAAAUGUUCAUUGAUGAAAUGAAAGAAUUGCUGGAGUUCGGGGUCAAUUUCAAUAAUCAUAAUUCAGAAGUUGGUAUCGUAGCUUUUAUUUGUGAUGCACCUGCGAGAGCCUACAUAAUCAAUGUUAAAUCAUAUUCUGGAUUCCAUUCGUGUACUAAAUGUACGACUCAAGGAGAAUACUAUGAACGACGCGUUAUAUUUCCUGAGUUAGGUUGUAAAUUAAGAACUGAUCUCUCUUUCACAAUGAAGGAGGAUGAAGAUCAUCAUAAAGGGACUUCAAUUCUGGAAAGCUCAAAUUUUGGUAUGGUUACCCACUUCCCACAUGAUUAUAUGCAUUCGAUUUGUUUGGGAGUGAUGAAGAAAAUAUUGAUUUUAUUGACAAAAGCUAAUAUAUCUAUUAGGUUACAUGAAGAAAAAAUCGAGAGUUUAUCUUCCAAACUGUUGAAUUUGAAAUGUUAUAUUCCUUCAGAAUUUGCUCUAAAACCCAGAUCUUUAAACGAACUCGAGCGUUGGAAGGCUACGGAAUAUAGACAGUUUCUAUUAUAUACUGGACCUGUCAUUCUUCGAGAUAUUCUUCCAGAUGAUCAGUACAAACAUUUUAUGUCGCUUAGUAUUGCAAUAAGAAUUUUAUGCCUCGAUAACAAGAAGUUAUAUUCCUAUGGUCAUUCUCUUCUGGUAUAUUUUGUAGAGCAUUUUGAGGUUUUUUAUGGUAGAGAAAAUAUUUCGUACAAUGUUCAUGGUUUGAUCCAUCUUCUUUCUGAUGUGGAAAAAUUUGGACCUCUAGACAAUUUCAGUGCAUUCAAAUACGAAAAUGCCCUGUAUAAUCUCGAAUGUAAAUUAAGACAAACUCAUAAACCACCUUUACAGCAAAUUCAUGAUAGAAUUCACGAAAGUUAUUCACAUAAACGGGAUGAAACUGUAUUUAAUACUUCGAAUCCUAUAGUAGAUAAUAUAACAGUAAGAGAUGGUCAUCCCACUUUCAAAAAUAUCCAUUUUGCAGAUUUCAUGCUCUCAAUAGAUUGUCCAAACAAUAUUUGUAUUUUAGAUGACAAAAGUAUCUUUGAAAUCAUUCGGAUUAAAAAAACUGAUGAUGAAAUAUUUUUAGAUGGAAAACAGUACUAGAACCAGAAAAUGUUCAUUGACAAACCUGAUGUCUCAUCUCUUGAUAUUUUUUUUUAUAAAAUCGAAUUAUUUUCUAAAUGAGCGUAUUCCAGUAACCCGUGUAUUGAAUAAAUGUUUGAAAUUCGUUAUUGAUUCACAAAAUUUUGUAACAAUGAAUUUCAUAAAUCAACUUUAAUAAGACUAAUUCUUUAAUAGUUAUUUGUUUUACUAGGCAGGAAAGUAGUAGAUUGACUGCCGCGGCUGACAGUUCAUAGCCGAUCGAUGCUAGGAAUUCAGCCAAGGCAGUCAAUCUACAUUUGCUGCCGUGUGAAACUUAAGUUUUUUUUCCAAAUGAUAAAAAACCAAUUUUGUGUAUUUUUUUUAUUGAAAACUUCAUCAUUUUAUGUUCACUCAAUGUCAGUGUCAAUUAUGAUUACUAAUUUCAUUAGAAUUCCUUGGAACAUUGCAUAGCAACAAAUUUCUUCUGCCUAGGCAGUAAAAGUACACCUUUUCUGCCUGUUAAGCAGCAGGAAAAAGCCACUUUCCCUGCCGCUUGGAUAUCUGAUUGAGAUACUGUAUCGUACUGUGUGCAUCCCAUUUUGGUUGAGACUAAUUUUUUUCCGAGAUAUAGCAUUUUUUUGCAUUCUUUUCUGGCCACACUUUACAUAUUCGACCAAGAAUGCCAUUUAUAUGAAUUAUCCUGGAACUCUACUAUUUGUCAAUAUAUUACGGAUGGAGCAAAACUUCUAGGGAAAAUGCUACAAAAAUACUUCCAAGGUUCUUCGAAGAUUUCUUAAAAAAAUUAGAUACUUCAAAAUGGUCAAUUUUAAAAUGAGCCUAGUUCUGUCAUUCUCAUAUUAUUUAUGACGUGUAUUCUUCUUCUCCUCUAUUCGACGUGAAACGCAUCUAUGAAGACAACUCUUAGGUGUAGAUAGAGGUCAAAGCG